AAAAGACGUGUAGCGGACCUGUUGGCCAACUACAUUCCCGAGGACGAGGCGCUGCUGUUGAGGAGCGGGAGGUACGCCUGCACGGUGUGCGCCCACCGCCCCGUCUUUGACACGCUGGACGUGCUGACGGUCCACAGGGCUGGCAAGAAGCACAUGGGCAGCCUGCAACGCUUCUACAGCAGGAAGCGCUUGCUCCAGGAUGCGGCCCAGAGGCGGCAGCACGAGCAGGAGGUGCAGGCAGAGGAGGCAGGCACGCAGGGCUCCCCGGCCCCUCUUCUGGCACAGACGAGGAGGAUUGCCCGGAACGCUCUGCUGAAAGCCGCUCCCUACAGCAGCUGCUGCCGGAGGACAGGGGCGGAGGGAAGCAGCUCACGGGCUUGCGUGACCCGGACGGGACCGAGUGCCACCCUGCCCCUCUUCGCCCUCCCAGACACACCAAAGGUGGCUCUGGCCCGAACGCAGCGGGGUGGCAAAGGAAAAGCCUCCUCAUCAGCCCUGAGCCGGCCCGAAGCCCUCAGCCCCGAGAGACGCCAGGCCCUGGAGCGAUACCUGCAGUUGCGGAGUGCCGGCUGGAUCCAGGACCGCUCUGGCAAGUGGGUGAAGGACGAAAACGCCGAAUUUGACUCCGACGAGGACGAGCCACCUGCGCUGCUGCCGGCCUGA